AUGGCCCUGGAGGAGUUCAACAAUGGCAUGGAAGAAGGUGGAGAAUUUGAGAUGGAAGAGAUCGAAGUUGAAGUCGAUCCUGGAGCUGAAGCUGGUGGUGAUCGUGCAGUACCACUAGGUGAUGGAGCUUAUGAUUUCGACUUCGACGUGGAUAGCAUUUCAAUUCAUGGUGAAGGACCUUCAGGUGAAUGCAAGAUGGAGCAAGAACAGGAAGAGGAAGAGAGCGACGAUGACAUGGAGACGGACUAUGGCUCAGUUGGCAUGGUGGACGAGGACUUCAGUGUCUUUGAGAACCUCGAGCCGACUGAGUAUGACGACUACAGGUUCAUCGUGCUCAGUGAAAGUCGCGGUGUGGAGCACUACAUCGUGAGUUGGCCGGUCACCAGGGAGAUUUGGAUCGCGAUACAGGAGCUCUUUGCAAUGCACAAGGCAGUUCAACUUGGAGGAGUUGAAGAGCGCAAGAAGGUGAUCCGUUUCCUACUUGCAAGGAAGAGAUACCAAUUUUGGUAUGAAGCUGGUCGCAUUCAACCUGGUGAAUCCUUGGAGGAGUCGGACAUGCCAGAUGAAUGGUUAGCAGCCCAUUAUGGAUGGGGAGAACCAGUUGGAGGGCAGCCAUAUGAAAGUGAUGAUGAAGGUUCAUGGAGCCCGAGUGCAACAGGAAGCGUGGCCAUCAUCGAGGACACGGACAUCGGAGCUUCGAGCAGCGCACAUGCACCAGCGCUGCCACCACCACCUGUCGUCACAGAAGAACCUGGAUCAACAACUGAUACACCAGGAGUGACUGCAGAGCCAAAGGCCAAAUCGAAAGGAAAAUGCGGUGGAAAAGGUACAACAGUGCUUUGGUCAAAGGACCCACCGGUAGAGGACGAUGCAGACGGGCAUGUGUGA